AUGUUGGAUAAUUUAAAGAUGGUAAAAUUCAGAAGUUAGGGGAAAUUUGUAUUUGCUAAUCGUUGUGUAUAGAAAGGUAACUUGCUUAUGAGAAAGAUUUAUGGUAAUGGAGAACUGAUUUUUAGUGAUAAUUCAAAAUACAUUGGAGAAUUUAGAAAUAAUUGUAUUCAAGGAAGAGCAAAUUAUGAAGCCAAUUAUAUAAUUCAUGGUUUGGUUACAAUUUUAUUUUAUUUUCGUUUCAUUCAAAAUAUGAAAUCAAACUUUGUUUCUCUAUUUAAGAAAUACCAGUCUUAUUAAUCUAACAAGAUUGUAUCUUUAUUGAUACCAUUUACGAAGCUGAACAUGGGAUUAUACUAACAAAAUAAUAAUCCAAACGAUUUCAAAAGAAAGAAAGUGUACAUUGUAGAUCAAAGAAAUGAAAAUUAAAACCCAGUUAAAUUAGAUUUGGAAAAAAAUCUAAUUUAAAUAUAAACAAAUAAAAUAAUGAUGAUGAAAAUCUAAUUAGGGGAGCAUUCAUUUUCAGAAUAGCAAUCUUAAGAACCAAUUAAUAAUAAGUAUGAAGAUGUUUUUUACAAAAAUAAAACUGAUUUUCAAAAAGUUUAAAAAGUAUGA